GCACUCUCCACAGCACCCAGCUGGAAAACUCUGUGUCAUUUCUCUGUGUCAUGGUCCCUUCCCGACACCUCUCUGGAUUAUAUUUUAACUUUUUUUCCCUUUUUUUCCAAUUCAUAGCAAACUAGUGAUAUUCUGUGGAUGUUAUUGACUCACUAAGAACUGGAGCAACAUGAUGGCCGGCAGACGGGCGGACAUUUUCUCCUUCAAAGACUCAGAACUUCCCUGCCACUUGCUCGUCCAGCUCAACAUCCUGAGGCAGGAGCGCAUUCUGACCGAUGUGCUGCUCUGCACCGAGCACCAGGAGAUCCCCUGCCACAGGAAUGUCCUGGUCUCCAGCAGCCCGUACUUCCGUGCCAUGUUCUGCAACAACUUUCUGGAGAGCAGCCAGGCCCGUGUGAACUUGAAGGGAAUCUCGUCGAGCGUGCUCACUGGCAUUGUGGACUAUGUUUACACGGGCUGCGUCACUAUCACCAUGGAGAAUGUGCUCCCCCUUAUGCAGGCAGCGUCCAUGCUUCACUAUGGGGGUCUCUUUGAGGCCUGCUCCACGUUCCUGCAGGAGCAGCUGAGUCCUGAGAACUGCCUGAGCAUGAUCCGGUUGUCUGAGAUCCUCCACUGCGAGAGUCUGAAGGAGAAGGCGAAGGAGAUGGCCGUGAGGUGUUUCUCUGACGUUGCUGCCACCGAGGACUUCUGUGAGCUGUCUCUUCCGGAGCUCAUGUGCUACCUGGAGGAUGACCGCCUGUGUGCCGAGGAGGAGCAGGUGUUUGAGACUCUUCUGGCAUGGAUCCACCACGACCCGUUUUCACGACGCGGCGCCAUCCACGAUCUCUUCAAGAAGGUUCGUCUCCGCUACAUCCAUCCAACAUACCUCUUCCAGUUCAUCGCCAACGACCCACUGGUGCAGUCGUCCACACUCUGCACUGAGAUUAUUGACUCUGUACGCCGUCUUAUGCUCACGGCCAGCACCAAGUGCAGCCGUGAGCUGAAACCCCUCUGGACCACACCGAGACGUUACACCUGCAGAGAAACACUGGUGGUAGUCGGAGGACGCAAAAACAACGAGCAGACGUCUCGAGAGGCACUUCUGUACGAUGAAAGGACCCAUCGUUGGCAGUGGUUGGCCAAGCUGCCUCUGCGCCUUUACAAAGCAGCGUAUGUGUGCAUCCACAGCAUCCUUUAUGUGCUGGGAGGCCUCAGUCUCUGCAUGGCUUCUGGGGAUAGCUCAGUCAGCUCCACCGUUUACACACUUUCCCUUAAGACAAACCAAUGGAGGACAGCAGAGCCCAUGCUGGAGCCUCGAUACGCCCACCAAAGUGUGUCUUAUCUGCACUUCAUUUUUGUGCUGGGAGGUAUCGGGGUGGACAAGCGAAUCUCCCAGUCAGUGGAGAGGUAUAACAGCAUGUUUAACCAAUGGGAGGCCAUGGCUCCGAUGCCUACGGCUGUGCUUCAUCCAGCAGUCGCAGCCAGCGAUCAGAGGAUCUACGUGUUUGGAGGGGAGGACGCCAUGCAGAACCCGGUCCGGCUUAUUCAAGUGUAUCACAUCUCUCGCAACUUGUGGUCCAGAUUGGAAACAAGGACCGUGAAAAAUGUUUGUGCGCCAGCUGCUGUCAUAGAGGAGAAGAUCUACAUUAUAGGAGGAUAUACCAGGAGAAUGAUUGCCUACGACACCAAAGCCAACAAAUUUUUCAAGUGUGCAAAUCUGAAGGAGCGAAGAAUGCACCACAGCGCCACAGUGAUCAACAACAAGCUCUACGUCACAGGCGGACGCAUCCUCAACGGCCACGAUGUCAUCGAGGACUCGGACUGCUUUGAGUGCUACGACCCAAAAACGGAUGUUUGGACCUCAAAAGGUUCUCUACCGUACAAGCUCUUUGACCACGGGUCUCUGCCGCUGGUCUGUGUUUCCAACCGACCCAAUCCACCAUGAGCAAAACUUCUCCUUUGGUUCAAUAUAUUUUGGCCUCUAUAUGCACUGAGAGCAUUGCUUAACAGAGCCCAUGCAAGUUAGCGGCCUGUUUAGCACCGCUGACGGUGAUCUGAAACACAAAACCUGUGUGGAGGUGGUAACGCUGAAGCACCUGUGAUGGAACUGAAGAGUCAAUGAGAAGUUGACAAGCUUAAAGAAAAUUAUUAUUAUUAUUUAUUCUUUUUUUUUUUAAAUAAUGGACUUGGAAAAAAUUAUUUGCACUCACAUUUGAUGAUCAGUGUUAAGGUUUUAUUGUCCCUGACCUUAAUACAAAGGAAACUCCCCCUAUGUGGCAGCGGUAUUUUCCAUCGUUUUCCUGCCAGACCAGAAGAGAUAUAUUUAUAGAUUUGGGUUCUGCUGAGUUCUGUUAACGACCUAGCAGUGGCACUAUUUGCACUUUAAAUACAUUCCUCAUUGACUCACUUUUUAUUGGUUUGCACUUGUCAAAGAAAAGAGCUGUCAAAGGGCAUGAAAAACCUCCUACAGAGAUGAAAAAAAAUCAGUCUUUUGUAAUGUUUGAUAAGUCAAUGCAAAGAAUGGCAGGUUUUGUUAAAUAAAAUAAAAUGAGCCAAUAUUUAACAAUUCAAAAAUGGGCUCACAUUUUCUCUGGAAAGUCCAACAGAGCUUUUUACAUGCACAGUCUUUUCAUCUAUGAAUGUUGAUGUGAGAACAUGUGACAAAGUUGCCUUCAAAGAGCCCCUGGGUGAUGCAAUGACCUGCUUUCUGCAGAUAAGAGACGAAGAGGUGUCAGGGAGAUAUCCAGUGUUUGCAACAUCGUUCUGCAACCCUCUUUGGUUUCAUGAAGCUUGCAGUUCAUUCACAGAAGGACUUGCGCCUUUUUUUUUCAUUAAAAUAAAAUGUAUCAGUUUGAUUACCGCUUAGUAGCAGUGGCCAUUUCCCAUAUCUGUUUACUUUUGCUUUACUUACAAGCUAAAGCUGGAGUGGCGCAGAUGAUUUCCAGGGGAAUUUAAGGAAACAUACAUUUCUGUGGAUGAAAUGGUCUAACCAAUUGGUCAUAAAACAUGUAACGACCAAUUGAUUGAUCUUUUCAUUGCAAGCUUCUUUGUAGAUAGUUAUUUCCCAGAAAAAUAUAUCUUGGUUACCAAGAGCCACCAUACUAUCUCUAGUUGAAGCAUCUGUGCAGUUACCAUGUUGACAUGCAAUACUAUGCAUGCGCCAACUGAGGAGGAUGCAAAGUUCUCAGCAAAUGAUUAAUCCAAACGCUUCAAAAUUAAUAUUUGGUAUCAGUUGAACUAAAAUAUAUAUUAUCUUUUAUUUUUAUAGUCUCCAUUUUUCUGUUACAAAAGAAGACAGGAAUAAAUAUCAGAGCAACUAAAUCUUUAUUUGUGAAUGCGAACACUGAAGCUCAGUUCUCUGCUCUUUUCUCUGUAAGUUAGAAAACCACAUGAUAAGAACUCAUAUGUCUUACAUGCUGCUCAUACAGUGCUUAUAGGAAAAAAAUACAUCAGUGCCUUUGCCCACCUGGAAAACUUCCUAUGUUCCUGGCUGGCUUAGCCAUAAUCUCCCUGAUAUCUCAGUGAAGACUGUUCAGGCGGACACAUAAACUUUUCCAUGACUAUCGAGUGACACGUUUGCACUGUGUACCUCAUUAAAAACCAGCGCAACAUCCGCCAGCCAACACGUAGCAGUAUUUUUAUCUUCAGAUGCUAGGGGAAUGCAGUGAAUACACAACUUUAUGAUAUAAUGUGGUCGACAUGUGACCUCUUGACCUGAUGGCUGACAUUCUUUUCGUGCCAAGCGUUUGGUAUGAGAAGCUCCUCAUAUCCAGUUGCCAUCCUGACAGACUCUCUGUUUGUAUGAUGGACAUAUACACAGCACUGAGGAUGAAGUGCAGAAGAUAUUAAGUUUCAGUUUUGCAUUUUAAUCCAUGAUCAUGAAUGUUGGACCACUAAAAGCAGCAAAACAUAAAUAAAGAAAGAAAUUUUAUUCGUUGUCACAAUAACAAAAACACUGAUUCUGAGCGAAAUGACCCCCGAUAUGUUUGCUCACUCCAAAUGCCUCCCAAAAACCUCCUUUCUGUGUCUCUACAGGCACAUCCAAUGCAAUUGUUAAACUUGAUUAAGUAAACUAUUCAGACUGACACACACAAUGACCUAAAACAUCAGAGCGGACACAUGACGGUCUGUCAGAUGUCUUGUGCCUGACUCAGUCACCCAGAGCAGCGCUCAGGAUCAGCACCACUGAGCUGCUGCUAAAUACACAACCCGUUUAGGCCGUUAAUGACCGCUUGGCUGCCCACUGCCUUUCAAUAGAUACCAGCGUGUGAGGGUCACCCUUCACAGAGGCUGUGGCCAGCCAGGUUAUUUUCAGUGUCUGUUACUAGACCCUAUCGAGGUCGUUUCAUACUAUGAAGGCAGAAUUUAUAAUUAUAAAUGUAAAUUGGAUAAUUAGAUUCUUCCUGCAGUUAACAUGUACCCUUGUACACCGUAAUACAUUUUAUUUUAUAUUUGAAAUUCUCGAAGAUAGUCCUGAUAGCAAUUAUUAUGAUGAAAUUGUUGGGCUAUGAAAACAAUCGAAUUAUGCAGGGAAAGGUGCAGAAGUUAUUUUCCUAUUGCUGAUGCUGUAAUGCAUAAUUCCAGAAACUUUACCUCAAGGCAUUGUGAAUAUUCCUGAUUGUGCUUACAAAAAACGUUUUAUUAGUUGCUCUGAUUUCCACCUGAAGAUCUGCCAUAGGACGUGAAGAAGUCAACCUUUUUGUAACAGUUCCAUGUUCUCUCUCUCUCUCUCUCUCUCUCUCUCUGCUUUUAUCUGCGAACAAAUUAUAAAAUAAUGCAUAAUUUGCAAACAGUUAUCCACUUCUUUGGGUUGGUCAUUCACAUAAAAUUCCAAUAAAAUGCAUUUAAAUA